UAAUAGAGAGGUUCUUCAAAUUUCGUUAUGAAGUUGCUUGCAAAUUUCAAUAUGGCAGCUCUUUCCUGUUGUCUAAUUGCAUUGACUCAUCUCCCAUUUGGCAAUGCUAGAGCCUUGGCCAGUGUCACAUUAGCAAAGAGUGUGGAAAGAAAUCAUACUAAUCAAACCAGUAAAGCAACCACUGAUGUUGCUCAAGAGAAUAAUCUGAGUAAGCGGAGUAAUGAUACGGCAGUGACAACAUUGCCAGCUCAAACCAAAUCCCCGCCAACCCAGCCAGGUAUUAUCCGCAAAAAACGCGAUACAAAAUUCACGUUGCCCUUUGAUUUUCAUACAAUUCAUCUGCCGUGCGAUUUGGAUCAGUCUGGCAGGGCCGAAAUAAUCGAAUAUUUUCCACACCAAUGCAUUUGGGUGUGGAACAAUAGAUAUGUGAAUGAGGACUUCUUUCGCGUCUAUAAGACAUACCAGCUGGAGGCAUUCUUCUUCGGACAGUAUCAUGAGCGCCUGAAGCGCUUCGAGCUCGAUCCACACACUUGGGAUUACUCAGAAGUCGAAUAAUUACAUAAAUGUAGUAGCAAAAAUUAAAAUUAAAUGUAUGUUUAGUGGAAAAAUAUAUAUAUUA